UCCUAGUAGUUUUGGAGUGGUUGUUUGAAGUAUUUUUUUUGUGCUUACUGUUUUUCCGGGUUCGGUUUUCUUGGGCUAGAAUUUAAGACUUCUGAAAAACAAGAAACCGUAUUAUAAACCCAUGAACACGAAAGAAAGGUACUGAUGGAGCAGGAAGAGAAAAAUGACACCUUCCUUUCUAAGGAGAACUUGGAUGCAUCUGAUGACAUGAAAAGUAUAGAUACCCAUAAUGGCUCUCCAGAAGAUGCUAAACCUGAUGAAGAGCUGGCGUUUGUAAAUAAGGAUGCUGUAGAAAAACUAGCCUUAGGUCUCAUUUCACAUUACUUACCUGGUCUUCAGCAUUCAAAGAAGACUUUACAUGAACUUACGCAGAACCAGCUGAUAUUACUAGAAACACUAGAACAAGAAAUUGCCAAAUUUAAAGAAUAUAGUUCACUUUUUGCCAUUAAUGCUUUGUUUACAGAAGCAAAAUUGUAUCACAAUAGACUGAUGAAUGUCAGAAAAGAGAUGAUGAUGCUACAUGAAAAGACAACCAAAUUAAAGAAAAGAGCACUGAAGCUACAGCAGCAAAGACAUAAAGAUGAACUAGAACGAGAACAGCAACGAGAAAAAGAAAUGGAAAGAGAAAGGCAGCUGAUUGCUAAACCUGCAAAAAAGACAUAAUGACAGGCUGAGUUAGACUGGCUGUAUUAUAAGCAGUAAAAAUGUUGCUGUUCCUGUUCUCAGCAUUGUACAGCCAAAUAUUUUACAAGCAUUGACAGACGAUGGAACAGAAACAUGCUUCAUUAACAUUUUUUACCCACAUGUUCACCAUUCAUUUUUGCUUUUGAGUAUUAAUACUGCAGUAAAUGCAGGUAUAUAUUGGCAGUAUCUGCACUACCACAGAACCCCAUACAGGCAGUGCCACAAGGCUACAACAGUUUAAUGCCAAAUUUAAUUAAAACUUCAUGCCACCAGGUAAUUAGUACAUGUAUUUUCAUCUGUUUAUACAGGAAUUGCAAAAGCACAUCAGCAUUUACAGAACAAGACCUUGCUCGUUUUCCUCUAAUAAGUAUGCAUGUGAGAUAUAACAAACAUGUAGUUACUUUCCAGUCUCUCUGUUUUUCUUCAUAAUUUUCCAUAAACGUUUGCUGAUAAAUUCUUCAACUUUACUGUCUCCUCAGAUUAACAUAAUUGUAUAUGUAAGACAGUUUGAUGGAAAUGUUUGAGAGAAAUGUGAGCUAUGAGCUGUUUUUGUCUACAGGUUCAAUAGGAGUAAACAGUUUGUUGAUCCAUUUUCAUUAAAUGGGAUUACUGGA